UUGUCGUAGCAACUAUAAAAGAAGAUACAUCAGCACAAAACCUUUGUCAGUACUUUUAUUGCUCUUUGUUAUAGAAAUAAAGUAGACAACGUGAUGAAAUAUAUAUUAUUAGGAUUGUUCUUGCUCCAUGCUUCAAUUGCUGCACCAAUUGAGGAGGAUGCAUUAGAAAAGGAAAUCAUCCUUCCACAAAUUGAAGACAAGGUUAUUGAUACUUUCGAACUUCCACAAAUUGAAAAUAAAAUUGUUGGUGAUUUUGAAGUUGCUGAUGAACCACAAACUGUUGAAAUACCAGAAAAGGAAGUCAAUGAUGUUGAAUCUGCACUUUUUGGUAUGAUGAAUCCAAUGAUGAUGUAUAGAAAUCCAAUGAUGUCGUAUGGAAUGAAUCCAAUGAUGCCUUUUGGAAUGAAUCAAAUGAUGUCACCAAUGAUGCCACAAAUGGGAAGUCCAUUCAUGUCACAGCCAAAUGAACAAAAAUCGUCUUCAUUCAUGGGCGGUAUGAAUCCAAUGAUGAUGGAUCCAAUGAUGAUGGGAGGUAUGGGAGGAAUGGGAGGUAUGGGAGGCAUGGGCAUGUAUGACCCAAUGAUGAUGGGACAAAUGGGAGGAAUGGGAGGUAUGAAUCCAAUGAUGAUGGAUCCAAUGAUGAUGGGACAAAUGGGAGGCAUGGGUGGCAUGAAUCCAAUGAUGAUGGAUCCAAUGAUGAUGGGAGGUAUGGGAGGAAUGGGAGGUAUGGGAGGUAUGGGUGGCAUGAAUCCAAUGAUGGAUCCAAUGAUGAUGGGACAAAUGGGAGGCAUGGGAGGUAUGAAUCCAAUGAUGAUGGAUCCAAUGAUGAUGGGACAAAUGGGAGGUAUGGGAGGUAUGAACCCAAUGAUGAUGAAUCCAAUGAUGAUGGGUAUGACAGGAAUGAGCCCAAUUUCUUACAUGGGUCCUCCAGCAGGUUCACAAGAUCCAGACAAAUAUAUGGCUGGAUUCCAUGAAUAUAGAAACGAAGAUUUCCCAACUGACUAUACUUUACCAUGCUCAGACCAUUGCGGAUGUGAACAAGUUUGCAGAAACACAUUCUCCGGGCCAUGCAACUGCAGAUGCCCACCAAAAUGUGUAGCAGGCAUGCUUUAAAUCUAAUAAAAGCUAUCAAUUCCAUCCCAAGCUAAUGAAUAAUUCUAAAACUCAAUUUAAACUGACUUCUUUGAUGUCAAUCUAAUUAAUGAUUAAAAGUAAAGUUUAUUUUCUAAAACUAAUAUUAUUGAUACAAUCGAAAUAAUGUAUGUUCAUAUCAUCAGACCCACAUAUGUGUAUGUCGAGCAUGAAUACACUGGUAAUAAAAAAAAAUUUAAAAGUAUUCGACGGUGUUUUGAUAUAUUUUCUUGAAAUAAUAAUUAUUAGGUUUGUUGUGUAGGGGUCGUUCACUUAUGACGUCGUUCAUUAAUGACGAAUUUAACGGUCAUUUUUCAUAAAAGAACAAUGGAUUUCCAGGAAUUUCUAUUGUUCUUUUCUUGCUGACCCCCCUCCUCCCCAUGGACGUCAUAAGUAAACGGCUCCAUAUAGAAUUUCGGGUCUACUUUUAAUGCUGCCCGAGGUUGAAUCUUAAAUUGAUAUCUUUGCACCCGCAACUUAGGUUCAAAGUUUUAAAUUAGGUCGAAAUUAGGCUUGUCACUUGAUUCUUUUGACAUUCCUGUCAACUUAGAGCUCAACCUAGAACUUUAGCCUCAUAACAUUUGGUGUUCAAGACAGGGUUGUGAUACAGGCAACUGUGAACCGUACAAUUCCUUGAUAAUUUGUGAGGUUUUAUUAGAAUUUGUAUGGUUUUGUAAGAAAGCCUUAUAAAUUAUAAAGAAAUUGUACUGUUCUCAGCAGUGGACUGGUGCCUGUAUCGCACCCCUGGUUCUUUGUUGACCUCUAAGUCAAUGAUGUGUCUCAUAACAUGCCUAAAUUCCGACAAGAAAACAUUCUUAUAACACAAAGCAAAUGGAAUCCAUAGAAACGACAAAUCCGCAAUCAAAAAAGUAAGUAAAUCAGACAACAACAGCUAUCAAAAGAGAACACAAACAACAAAAGCCACAAGAAGAAGAGAAAAUCUUAAAAUACUCAAUACUACUUAUCAUAUUUAUGGUAUACAGAACAAGAUGAAAAAAAUCCUCUUCAUCAUGUCAUCAGUUGAAUUUUUCAUAAAUAACAUCAAAUUGACGUAUACACAUAUGUUGCCAUAUAUAGAACAAGAAAGAAAAGUGAGAGGAAAGAACGGUCUGAGAAGAAAAAAUUGUGUAAAGACAAGAGACGAGAAAUAAAUUCAAAUCAACACUUCAACUCAAAAUACAGUAACACGUCGGUGGAAAAAAAAACGGUGAAGGGAAGAAAAAGUGAUGGAAAUGAUGAUUACCAAACUGAAUAAUGCAAUGCCUUAUUGAAUCACGCGACAUGGCAGCGAAAAGAAAAUAAAUAGACUGAGCGGAAAUUGAGGAAAUGCCGAAUGUGAUUGACAAUAUAAAUUUAUAAGAGUUGCUGUGUGAUUUCUCAUGACGUGGACAUGUUGAAUUGCUUUUUUUUUUUGGUGAUUGUUUUGGAAGGAUUUAAACAGGCUUGCAGUGAAUGAUACAUGCCAAUAAUUGAUUUUUGAAGGGGGGGUA